GUCACUGGGAUCCACGUCUGCGUUCCACGGCUCAGACUGUGACUGUAAGGAGGUGGUGUACAGUCUGCCUGCAUAACCAGCGAUGAUGGCUGACUUAGACCUGAGUGGAGGCAGUGCAGCCCUUUCUAAUUCUUCCACUUCUUCCCAGACCUCCAACCCACUGUCAAGGAAACUCAAUAAGAUCCUGGAGACCCGCCUGGACAAUGACAAGGAAAUGCUAGAAGCCCUUAAAGCCCUCUCCAGUUUCUUUACAGAAAAUAGCCUUAGAAGUCGCAGAAAUCUACGUGGUGAUAUAGAAAGGCGCAGCUUAUCUAUAAAUGAAGAGUUUGUUGCUAUUUUCAAAAAUGUUAAGGAGGAGCUUGAAAGUAUAAAUGAAGAUGUUCAAGCAAUGAGUAACUGUUGCCAGGACAUGACCAGUCGAUUAAAGGCAUCAAAGGAACAGACUCAGGAUUUGAUUGUGAAAACCACAAAGCUUCAGGCAGAGAAUCAGAGAUUAGAGAUUCGAGCUCAAGUUGCAAAUGCCUUCCUCGAGAAGUUCCAACUUACUUCCGAUGAAAUGAACAUUCUCAGAGGCAGUCGGGAAGGACCACUAACAGAGGACUUCUUUAAAGUAUUGGAUAGAGUUAAACAAAUACACAAUGAUGUGAAACUGCUACUGCGAACCAACCAGCAAACUGCAGGGCUUGAAAUUAUGGAGCAGAUGGCACUUCUCCAAGAGACCUCUUAUGAAAGACUUUACCGAUGGGCUCAAAAUGAAUGCAGAACACUCACACAAGAAUCUUGUGACAUUUCUCCUAUACUGUCUCAGGCAAUGGAUGCUCUACAGGACAGGCCUGUACUAUACAAGUACACCCUGGAUGAAUUUGGUACAGCCAGAAGAAGUGCAGUCGUUCGCGGGUUUAUUGAUGCCCUCACCAGAGGUGGUCCUGGUGGUACCCCUCGACCAAUUGAAAUGCAUUCUCAUGAUCCUUUAAGGUAUGCUGGUGACAUGCUGGCCUGGUUGCAUCAAGCUACUGCAUCUGAGAAGGAACAUCUAGAAGCACUCCUGAAACAUGUUACCAUUCCAGGAGUUGAAGACACUAUCCAAGAGGUAGUUGGUCACAUCACAGAAGGUGUCUGCAGACCGCUGAAGGUUCGCAUCGAGCAGGUUAUUAUUGCAGAGCCAGGUGCAGUUUUAUUGUACAAGAUUUCAAAUCUUCUGAAGUUUUACCAUCACACAAUAAGCGCUAUCGUGGGCACAAGUGGAUCUACAUUACUGACUACAAUUGAAGAAAUGCACUUGUUAAGCAAAAAAAUAUUCUUUAAUAGCCUGACCCUACAUGCCAGCAAACUAAUGGAUAAGGUGGAGCUGCCCCCUGCAGAUUUAGGACCUAGCUCAUCCUUAAACCAAACCCUUGCCUUGUUACGCGAAGUUCUUGUAUCGCAUGAUUCCUCUGUUGUUCCACUCGAUGCUCGGCAAGCUGAUUUUGUGCAGGUUCUGUCUUGUGUGCUGGAUCCAUUGCUACAAAUGUGCACUGUGUCUGCCAGUAAUUUGGGUACAUCUGACAUGGCCACGUACAUGGUUAAUUCUCUCUACAUGAUGAAGACAACACUUGCUCUGUUUGAGUUCACGGACAAGCGGCUGGAGAUCCUGCAAUUCCAGAUUGAAGCACAUCUGGAUACACUUAUUAAUGAACAAGCCUCUUUUGUGUUGACAAGAUUGGGAUUAAGUCAAAUAUACAGCUGUGUGCAGCAGCACAGACCCGAACAGGGGCCAUUAGCAAACAUACCUGGCAUGGAUUCCGUAUCACUAAAGGCCUCAAUGGUACAGUUUGAUCGUUACCUGUCCGCUCCGGACUGUCUGCUGAUGCCACAGCUUAAUUUCUUUUUGAGUGCGACAGUGAAAGAACAAGUUAUUAAGCAAUCCACAGAGCUGGUUUUCCGAGCCUAUGGUGAACUCUACGAAACUGUUAUGAAUCCUUCCAAUGGGUAUAAGGAUCCCACGAGUAUUCUUCAUAGAUCCCCACAGCAAGUCCAGACGUUGCUUUCAUAAACACUACCAUGAUAAUAUAAUCUCUACUGUGAAAAUAACUAUGUAACAUAUGUACCGUAAUUAAAAUUGAUUAUACCUAC